AGGCCAAACGAGGGGCACAGCGAAACUUGAGACACUCGCUUCUUUUCAGUCAACCACAGCCUGCUCUGGAAACCUCACCAUGUCUUGCCACAACUACUGCUCUGGAAGCUACAGCUUGGGAUCCCUCAGAAAUCCAUGUCAUAUUCCUCUCCCCUCCUCCAUUGCCCUCUGCUCUACAAAUGUGAGCUGUGGAGAUGUCGUCUGCUUGCCCAGUAGCUGUCAAGACCAUACCUGGCUCCUGGACAACUGUCAAGAGACCUGCAAUGAACCAACCAGCUGCCAGCCAGCCAGCUGUGAGCCCAGCAACUGUGCAACUUCUCACUGCCCCUCCACUGCUUACUAUGUGCCCAGACCCAGCCAAGGAACCAGUUUUCUUCCUGCUGCUUCUUACAUCUCUAGCUCCUACCUCCCAGUAUCCGGUAGACCUCUGAGCUAUGUGUCCAGCAGCUGCCGACCCCUGAGCCUCCUCCCUUAUAUAUCCCGCCCUUUUGGUUAUUUGCCCUGUCGUCCUCAACCACUUAGCAUUGUGUCCAGCAGCCUCAGACCUCUGCAUCCUCUCUCCGUUGGAUACCAACCUCUGACCCACGUGUUCAACACUUGUCGUCCAUCUUGCUCUGCACUGGGAGGCCAGUAGCCUCCUUGUUCCAGUUUAUAACCAUACCGAGGAUCCAGGAUGAAAAUUCAAGCUCCAUGGACUUUUGCUGCUUUCCUAGUAGUGACUGCCUUUUCUUGUUUUUACUGUGCCUGAUCUAAUGCAAGCUGCUCCUUUCACAUUUUUAACUCUUCUUUUCAUCUCUCCUUGACAUAAAAUUAUUUGGUUUACAAUGCUAUUCACUGUCACUCUGGUGUAGGAAGAAUUUCUUUGGUUUCUGCUGCAAUAAAUGAGAUCCAAUGAGAA